AUGACCAAUUUUCAAGAAAUUUCGUGUAUGCUUUGCCUUCAAACAGUUCAAACUAUAACAGUUAAAGGUUUUGAAGUAAUAGACAACGCUAAUAGAGAUAUUCUGGAUGUUCUUUUGCUGAAACUGGAAUUUGAUAGUGAGAGCAAAGAAGUUAUAUGUAAUACUUGCAGAAGAAAAUUAUCUGCAGCGUUAGAAUUCAAGACAAAAUGUCUGAAUACUAAUAACAUAAUUAUGUCAUAUGUGGAUCGUGAAACAAUGUUACAGCUUGACAUAAGAGAAGUUUAUCUGAAGGAAAAGAGAAGCGAGUUAGUUAAUAUUUCGUGCAGUCAGAAAAUAUGUCGAUUGUGUAUGCAACCAGUGAAAAGUGAGUUUAUGUGCAUACAUGAAGAGGAGCUCGAAACUAUUCAGAAAUUGGCUCCUGAAGUGAAUGUAACCAUCGUCAAAGAUCCCAUCGUAUGCAUGCCAUGCUUUGAUUCCCUCUGCACACAUAACAGUUUCCUAAAAAAUUGCUUGGAAAUACAGGAAAAAAUUAGAUGUAUUCUUAAUAGAACAGCAACAGAAUGUCAGAUAGAUACAUUACCAUCUGAUUUAUUCGUUAAGAGUGAAUAUCUAGAUGAAGAAAUGUCAAUCAAAGUUGAAAGUGUUGACAUAAAAUCGGAGGAUGAGGAAAGGAGUGACACUCUACUACAGGGCUCCGAUAUUGGACCAUUCAUGAAGAAUAACUGUAAAGAUGCAGAAGAGAAUGGACCGGAAAACAAAUGUAAUACAAAAACCGAGCAUGAGGCCCAAGUAUUGUACAAAAGUGAUAUAUGUAUUUACCAGACUGCAAGCAAGAGCUGUUUAGCGGCAAGCUGUGCGAGACACGAGAACAAUUCUGAAGUGCACAAAUGUGAAUCGUGCGAGUAUGAAACUGAAAAUAAGAAAUUACUUCAGAGGCACCGGUUGAGUCAUAAAGACCCUUCAGAAAUACGUACGCACCAGUGCGAGUCCUGUAAUUAUGAGACAAAGUACAGGUCUAACUUUGUUAGGCGUCAGGUAAAACACAAAGCACGAUUGUACAAAUGCAACUUCUGUGAUUUCGAAACGGAGUGGAAGACCAGAUUUACUAGUCAUUAUAUACAACACAAACAUGCAAACAAUGAUGAGUGUGUCGAUAAAACCAAAGACAACACAUUGCCGUGUAAAGAUACUUCACAACCGUUGAUUUAUAAAUGCGAUGGUUGCAUCUACGAAUCAAAGGAUAAGAUACUUUUUGCCGAACAUCAGUUGAUACAUAAAGAUCCUUCACAGGUUCAACUACACAGGUGUAGCGACUGUAAUUACGAAACAAAAUACAGGAGUUAUAUAAAACGACAUAAACUGAAACAUAAGGAUCCUUCGCAGGUUCAAAUGUACAGAUGUAAUGACUGUGAUUACGAAACUAAAUAUAGCAGUUCAAAUGUACAAGUGUAA